AGCUCAUUUGUUUUAUCACUUAUGCAAGUUGAGUAUUGCAUAACUAAUACAAAUGUAAAUAGACAUUUUUAACUUGAGAUGAUAAUGUUUCAAUGUACUUGCUUGGACCUAGCUCCAGGUGUCGUCAAUCUCAAGGCCCAAGUUUCACAAAAUGAAGACGUGAACGCAGAGCGAGCGGUAUUACCAUCCACAUGGAAUUAUGAUGUGUUUUUGAGUUAUAGAGGUGACGAUGAUGAAUGUUCAAGUUUUGUUAGCCAUCUCUACAAUCGCCUAUGCAGAAGGAGAAUCCAUACCUUCAUUGACAAUAAAUUUCUCAAGACAAGUGAGGAAGCAUUGAAAGCAAUGCAAGAAUCCAGGACCACUAUCAUAGUUAUCUCCAAAAACUAUGCAUCCUCAACAUCUUGUUUGGAUAGUCUUGCCACCAUUCUUGAGUGCUUUAGCAUAGAAUGUCGAUUCGUUUAUCCAAUUUUUUAUGGUGUGGAGCCAUUAGAGCUGCGAGAUCAAACAGGGAGUUACGGAAAAGUAUUUGCAAGGCUUGAGAAGAUAUACAAACACAACAAACAGCUAGUGCAGAAAUGGAGGCUGGCUUUGUCUAAAGCAGCUAACUUGAGAAGCAUUACCAGGUUGUGCAACUACAUCUAA